UCCCCCAAAUAAGCAGGAUGGGCAGUGGCUCUCCACAGCUGGCCUUACUCCCUCUUUCUCUCUGCUACAAACCUUUCCCACCGGCUAAUUACAACCAGGUUGGGUGAGAGAGCUUUGGUCCUGCUGCUGCUGCUGCUACCUUUGGAAAGAGAGGUCUGGAGCACCUUGAACGAUGGCUGGGAAGCUGUGGAGCACUGUCCUCCUUUCCCUGGCUUUGUCUGGCUUCUUCUGUGAGAAGGUUACCGCAUCCAAUAGUACUCAAGGAACUACUGGGUCUCCCACGAUAAAAGUCACUUCAGGAGCAAAAAGUGCCACUUCAAUGAGCACAAUUGCAACUACUACCAUUAAAGACCAAAGCUCUCAGACCCCUCACAUCUGGACAACAGACAGAUUAGAAACCAUCACUGAAGCCAGACCUAAAAUAACAGCAGGCACAACCGAAUCAUCAACAAAGAUUCCUGUGACUUCAGCAUCCAGCUUGGGUCCAGCAAUUUUAGACCAGCGUUCUCAGAGCCCUAAUAACCAGACAAAUACAACAGUCAGGCUAGAAAAAGAAUCUGAAGCUGGACCUAAAAACAAUUCAGGAAUAACUAAUCAGGAAAAGCAAGAUGAUGCUUCUUACAUUGGUAUAAUUUUGCCAGUUGUCAUUGCCCUAAUAGUAAUAAGUGUCAUCGUAUUCCUUUUAAUGGCUUUGUACCGAAUGUGCUUGAAGACAACGCCAGAGAGGCAAGAGAAUGGAACUGAACAAGCCCCAUCGGAUAAAGAGAAUGUGAAACUCAUUUCUGUUAAGACAACUUCUUCAGACUCAGGCAUGUUCAGUUUCUUGACCCUUUCCUCCUAUGACUUGCCUUUAGGCAUGUCAUUACCUUUGGAAUCCUUCAAACCAAUCAGAGCAGACUUCCCAGGGAAGGAAUAAAACUCGGCAACAUAACGAUUCCUCCUCGUGCCAAGGCAACAAAUGUAUGUGAAGCAUUCCUGUUUCAUUCUAGAAACCACCAAACAAAGUUGGAUUUACUUGAUGUGAAUCAGGAGCAUUUAUGCAUCACUGAAAAAACCUGUUUGUUUCAUUUCUCUGUAAUUUUGCCACGUUGUCAUGUUGUUUUUCUAUAUGCCUGCUGUUUAUCUCUAAAAAGAAUUUUGUAGUUUUUCUCUCUCUUUCUGUCUUUCGGUCCAUUGCUCUACAAGACCUAUUUAUUGCUUUCCAUGUAAGUAAGGUAGAGAAAAAAAAUGCAUAUUGUAAAACUAUAUAAAAAUGCACUGGACCUUUGCCAAUUCUGAUUCUGUAGUUUUGUACAUAAAAUAUAUAUUCUGCCUGUAAAUAUAAUUCUUUAUGUGUUUUCAGUAAUUACCACAAUAUUAAAUAUUAUUUGUUGUGGCCAUAUCUGUUUACAAUAAGAACAAGAUACUAACUUGAGUCUUUCCUUCUGUAAAUACAUAGAUUCCUUCACUCCCAUUUCAGUGCAAAGCAAAGAUUCAAGUUAUAGUAUCCAUGAUGUUGAGACUCUAGAAAGAGUGCAGAGAAGAGCAACAAAGAUGAUUAGGGGACUGGAAGCUAAAACAUAUAAAGAACAGUUGCUGGAACUGGGUAUGACUAGUCUGAUGAAAAGAAGGACUAGGGAUAACAUAAUAGCAGUGUUCCAAUAUCUCAGGGGCUGCCACAAAGAAAGGGGUCAAGCUAUUCUCCAAAGCACCUGAGGGUAGGAUAAGAAGCAAUGGGUGGAAACUUAUCAAAGAGCAAAGCAACUUAGAACUAAGGAGAAAUUUCCUGGCAGUUAGAACAAUUAAUCAGUGGAACAACUUGCCUCCAGAGAUUGUGAAUGCUCCAACACUGGAAGUUUUUAACAAGAGAUUGGAUAACCGUUUGUCUGAAGUGAGGAAGGGUUUCCUGCCUAAGCAGGGGGUUGGACUAAAAGACCUCCAAGUUCCCUUCCAACUCUGUUAUUCUAUUUCAAUUUCAUAAGUGACUAAUCUCCUUAUUAAGACUAACCAAACUGGUACAAAAACGUCAACCACAUUUAGGUUUUCCAAAAGUCUUUCUAAAGCAAAAAGUGACAAAAACCAAGGAAUAGAGGAAGAAGCAAGACACUCUAAAGCUCAGAAUUUGUCUCCAUGAGGUCUGCAAUUCAGAUUUGGACUUAAGAUUGGAGGCGUCGACAGAACCUAUUUGCGAGCGGCAGGUGCAAUAUAUUCCAAGUUUCAGCUACUAUUGUAGGACAUGUUUUGGUGGUUUUCUUACUUCUUGUAACAUCUUACCUUGAUGCAGAUUUCUACAACUUCUUCUGCAUCAUUUGAUAAUAUCAGAAGUAUUAUUACCAUAAUGUGGAUUCCUGGUUUUUUUUCCCCCGGAUAGGCCAACAUGACUAUGUCUUUUAAACUAUUAUACUGUAUGUAGCUCUGCAAUCUUUUUUGUGCAGUGUUGGGGAGAACAUUUUUACAAGGCAAAAAUCAUUGCAAUGCAGCCUGAACCUAGGGAAAGGAGGAGGAAUGUAUAGUAUGUAUAUAAUUAACACUCUUUAAUAAAAUACAUGGGAAUCUUUUGCACUGGAUUUCCUCAAUCUACUGGAUUUCUACUUCAAAUGGCAGCUCUGGGACUUUUUUUUUUUUUUUUACAAAUUUCUAAUUUUCCUAAAUUCCAAACAUUCAAAAAGGGGGAAUAAUAAUUUCAGAAUAACGAAAUUCAUGAUACCACCUUCUGCUACCAUGACUACAUUUCAUAAGCACAAUGUUCAGAAAGGAUCUAGAGACCAUUACCCCAUCAGUCUGUAUCAAGCAUUUUUCCCUGGAAAAUUGUCUUCUCUUUUUAAGAGAAACAAAUCCUGCAUAUGGUCAGAAGCUGUGUUUGCUGUAGCAAUCUAGAAAUGUAAUAAACAAAUGAUUGUGUCAAAA